AUGAAUUUCAUUCCAUAUCGCAGUAAAAGUGUUCCUCCACGUCCUGCAGGACUACCGGUGAGAGUAGGUAGUCGUGAUAUGGACCGUCAGAUACCUUACUACCGCAGUCGAUCGUUUGCGAAUGUGAGGCGUGAGACGGUAACAAGUAACUGCAACAUAAACGCACCUGAAAAUGUUACUCAAACUAGACAGUCCGACCGGUCGGGCAAUGAUUCAAGCUAUGUGAUCGUCGUUCUCGCCGAAGGGCGUGGACAUGCGGUUCUGGAGAUCGGUCUGGCUGCCAUCGAUGUGGCCUCGCCUCAUCUAAAACUCGCUCAAUAUGGCGAUAACUUUUGGUAUUCUGCCACAUUGGCGACACUACACAGCCUCGAUCCAGCAGUGGUUUAUUUUUCCGAGCAUGCGCUAGUCAGUGGGACAUCGUACUUGCCAAGGCUGAUCCAUCAGUAUCUUCCUCGAACGCAGGUGCUCGGACUGGGUAGGUCCUACUUUAACGACAGCAUUGCCGAAAGUUACCUUUCGCAACUGUGCAGCCGAGACUACGGACGUCUCCGUGGACUUAUUCUCAGCAAAUACUACGGAAUGGCAUCCUGUGGGGCACUUUUACGCCACUGUAUGGAAACGGCUCUGCUGCAGAUCGCAACCAAAUCUUUGAAACUCAGCUACAUCGAUAAAAUGGCUACCAUGACGAUAGAUGUAGAGUGUGUUGGUCAGCUUGAGUUGUUGGGAUCGUUGCAGAAAGGGGAAGAACGAAUGUCCCUGUUCGGUUUUAUGAACCACUGUAUAACCGGUAUCGGGAAGCGUCAUUUACGAGCAAACAUAAUCGAACCAUGGACGAGCCGUGAGCGUUUGGAGUCACGCCUCAUGUGCAUACGCGAGUUUUUGGCGAAACCGACUCUGCAUCAAACAAUUCGGAGAACACUGACUGAGAUUAAGGAUCUCGGAGGAUUGCUCAAGCUUUCAGUAGAUAUUGAUCGAAUGAAAAAUACUCAUCAAAACACCACCCACAUGCUUAAUCAAGCUUCGAGCUUGCGAAACGUUCUGAAGGUCGUGCCGAAGCUUCGUGAUGUGCUUCGUGACGUACAAGCUGGCUAUCUAAGCGAUUUGAAACAAACCCUUGAAGAACAAGUAUACAAUGAUUUACUGGAAAAAAUAUGUACGAUCCUAGAUGAUGGUCCAACUGAACGCAACAAUAGCUACAAUCGGCUUUUCCUUGUUCGUUCCAACAUCAAUUCAAUAUUGGAUCUGUUGCGGACACUAUAUUCUAGCGUAAUAGAUGAAAUCCGUCAGUACGUGGCCGAACUAAGCAUUACAGCUCGAAUGCAGCUGAAACUGCAUCAUUCGAAGGCGAACGGGUUCCACCUGCUAUACGUACUGGCCAACGACGAGGUAGACAAUGCUGCUGAACAGCUUAGUGCAAGCUUUCAGAUAUUAAGUCGCGUUGGCCACCGUUACACUUUAUCAAACGGGCGGUUGAUGGCAUUCAACGAAAAGCUCAACUCAGUCGGUAAAGAAAUCGAAGAAAUAAGCUAUGGUAUCAUCAGUAGGCUAAUCGUCGGCAUACGGGAGCACAUAGACGCCGUGUACAAUCUAGUAGGGUGUCUGACGGACCUUGAUGUUGUGCAAGCGCUAUCCAUUGUUAGUCAAGGAAAGGAAUUUUGCGAGCCAACCUUUGGCGAGGAAACAAAAAUAGUGUCAGGAAGGCAUCCUUUGCUGGAACGAUUUUGUGGUCAUCAAUCGAUCGUUCGAAACAAUGUGAUUGCAACGCCGGAGUACAACGCGUUCAUCGUUACCGGGCCUAAUAUGAGCGGCAAGACGGUUUACAUGAAAACCAUAUGCACUCUGCAAAUCAUGGCACAGCUAGGUUGCUACAUUCCGGCAUCUCAAGCCCAAAUCCGGAUCGCAGAUCGCUUGUUGACGAUAUUUGGUGAUGCUGACAACCUUCAAGAAAAUCACUCGUAUUCCAGCCGGAUGUACGAUAAGUUGCAGUUUGUGGGUCACUGCCUCACAUCGAGCAGCUUGAUCGUGAUAGAUGAAUUGUACGGAGAUACGCACCGGCCGGAUACCAGCAGUACAAAGUGGGCUCUGCUAGAAAGGAUCAUUGGUCACGUCGGAUUCGUAAACGACAACCGUCAAGAAGCCAUGAUCCCCACGUUGUCUUCCAUUCGCAAACCGUUUGUAUUCAUAACGACACAUUGCAUGGAAUUAUUGAGGCCACUAGAAGUGCAUCACAACGUGUCUCGACUCUGUUUGCGGACCGAAACUGUCCUCAUAAACGGUGUCGAGCGGCUUCGUUACAAGUACUCAGUCACUGAGGGACGCACAACGGUGCAGAAUUAUGGCCUAUCACUCGCUCGCACCGUCAACAUCCCGAAGGAAGUACUGGAUCGUGCAGAGAAACUUUGCAACGGAGAUUUGAAACGACAUCUGAUGGAGAGUGCAUCGAACGUUCCGGUGCAUAAUCGGACUGGUAACCUUUCCACUAACACGCUCAAUUCUUUGUCGACUCAGGGAAGCUUCAACGAAUUUUUCAAACUAUUCUACCACCUGUACGGGAAGGUGGCUGACGCCGUACGCAAUACGGAAAAUAUUGAGCAGCAUUUGACCGAGCAGCUGGAAACGUUUCUUGAUUCCGUACCGGAAGAGGUGCGCGAAUUUCUUAGAGUAACGCCCCUCCAUCGACUAUUGCAGCUGGACGCGUGA